AUGUGGAAUGGAUUACAAGCUUUGAUUUUGAAUGAUUGCCCAUAUGCUUACUAUAUCCAUUGUUUUGCACAUCGCUUACAAUUGGCAUUAGUAAAAGCAUCAAAACAAGUUGUUCCCAUUAGUCAUUUUUUUCUUACAUUGCUUUUUCUGAUCAAAAUUGUUAAUGCUUCAUGCAAGCGCAAUGAGCAAUUGAAAGUUGCCAAUGCUAAUAAAAUAGCACGUUUGAUUGAUCUUGAAGAGCUUGAGACUGGAAGUGGACUUAAUCAAAUUGGCACUUUACAACGACAUGGAGAAACACGUUGGAGUUCACAUUUUAGAUCAGUUUCUAGCUUAUUAAGGAUGUUUAGUUCAACUGUUGAAGUUUUACAAAAUAUAAUUGAUGGUGCAAUUGAUGGAGAAAAUCGGGCAGAAGAAGAGUCAGCUUAUGAAGGUUUAACUUCAUUUGAAUUUGUUUUUAUCUUGCAUCUUGAGAAGGAAACUAUGGAGAUCACUGAUAAACUUUGUCAAGCUUUGCAAAGCCAAUCUCAAGACAUUUUAAAUGCCAUACAUUUAGUUUCAUCUACUAAAGCACUUAUCCAAAAAUUUAGAGAUGAUGGAUGGGAUGGCUUACUCACCACUGUGAUAUCAUUUUGUGAGAAGCAUCGCAUUGAUGUCCUGGAUAUGAAUGCUCGUUAUGUUGUGAGGCGAGGUCGAGCUCGUAAUCAACAAGAUAACGUUACAAAUGAGCAUCAUUAUCGAGUAAAUAUUUUUUAUGCUACAAUAGAUUCUCAACUACAUGAACUAAAUUAUCGGUUUAACGAAGAUGCAAUGGAGUUACUUAGGCUUAGCUCAGCUUUAGAACCUCGAGAGGCAUUAAAAUCUUUCAGAAUUAGUGAUCUUUUUUUGUUGGUAAAGAAUUUCUAUCCACAAGAUUUCACAGAUUAUGACAAACAAGUGUUGGAGAAGGAGCUUUAUCAUUUUGAGCAUAAUGUAGUCCAAGAUCCAGAGUUCAAAAAAUUGAAAAGUUUAUCUGAGUUGUCUCAAUGGUUAGUGAGAACUGGAAAUUCAGAACACUACAAACUUGUUUAUAGAAUGGUGAGACUUGUGCUUACUCUUCCAGUUUCUACUGCUACUACAGAGCGAGUAUUUUCAGCUAUGAAACUUUUCAAAACUGAACUUCGAAACAAAAUGGAAGACGACUUUUUGAAUGACUCUUUGAUGUUAUACAUUGAAAAGGAUAUAGCUUCUACAUUUAGUUUGGAUUCAAUAGUAGAUGAUUUUGAAGAUUUGAAAGAGCGUCGAGUUCCCUUUUCCUAG